CGGUUAAGCUGUGCUGCGGGGCCUCCUGGUGCAAAAGGACAUCAAGGGAUGAACUGAGCAUCUACCCACCCCCGAGGAGCACAGAAGUAGUAGACUUCCAGGAGUCUCUGCACGCUGGUCACCCCUGGGCUUUACAUCCUUCGUGGGUCAGAAGUACCAGGCAUCUUCCAAACAGCCCCUCCUUUCCUUCGAAAUGGCGGAUUAUUACGAAGUCCUGGGACUGAAAAGAAGUGCCUCGCAGGAUGAUGUUAAGAAAGCCUACUGCAAACUGGCACUAAAAUGGCAUCCUGAUAAGAAUCUCAACAACAAGGAGAAAGCUGAAAAGAAAUUCAAAGCUGUUGCCGAGGCAUACAGGGUUCUGUCUGACCCUCGGAAACGAGCGCUCUAUGACAAGUCUGUUAAGGAGAGCAGAUCCCACAGAGCAAGAGGUGCCACAGUGGGUGAUAACGGCUUCUUUAAUUCCCCUUGUGAAUUCCAUGAUCUCAAUAUCUUUAGCAAAGCCUUUGGAGGACUGAAUCCCCUUGCGCAUGAUUUCUGGGACCCCUUUCAUAGCCUGAGAUACGAUGGAAACUGGCACAGGAAAAAUGAUAGAGGAGGAAGGUCCAACCUGUUUUCUGAUUGUAUGGAGUCAUUUAUGCAACAGAAUUUAUUCGGCCCCGGCAAGCAGCCCAAAUCCACCUUUGCUGAGGACAGAGCUGGGACACAUGUUAUCAGAUCGGUGUUAACCACUACUAAAGUGAUCAAUGGCAAGAGGAUCACCACCCGGAGAAUCAUCGAGCAUGGGCAGGAGAGAAUAGAAGUGGAAGAAGAUGGAAAGCUGAAGUCUGUGACCACCAGAAAUUGUAAUGCCCCCCCCGCACAAGCAUUAGCUGCAAGCUGUGGUUUGUGCUCUCAUUUUUCAAUGGAUGUGAUCUACCACAAGUAGCAUUAAUAAAUGCUGAUUCAUAAAUAAAUAACACAACCAAUGCAGA